GCUCCUUGAUGAGCUCGCGAAGCUCCUCCACCCACAGCCGCCCUUCCAGCGCCCCGGAGAGCGCGACGUCCCUGCCGCCGUGUACGGGAUCCGAUCCGUCUCCGUUCUGCGUCCAGCCAGCCGCCGGCGCCAUUCCGGCCGGACACAGCCAGGAAUUCCUCAUCAAGUUCUCACCUGUGGAAGUCGGGGAGUCUGAGGGUCACCUGAUCUGCAGCAUCCCCAACCUGUUACCCGGCCAGGUGGAGCCGCGUCUCCCGGUCAGAGGCCGCAGCCUGCUGCCUUCCUGCCACUUCCAGCUGGAGGACUCUGACUACAUCAGCAGCGGGAGGCGCAACCCCGAGCUAUGCGGCCCCCACGGAGCCCCUUCAGGGACCACUUUGGAUCCAAGCACCCGAGUUGUGGAGUUCACCUCCGUGGGGGUCAGGACCACAAAUGUCAGGAGCUUCAGCAUUGUGAAUCCCACCAACAGUCCGUUCUACUUCCUGUGGACGUGUGAGGACCUCCCAAAUAUCCAGCACCCCCCCACCUUCCGCUGUCUGAAUGAACGGGAGCUGAUCCAACCAGAGAAGAAGGUGGAGAUCACAUUCGAGUUCGUCCCUCAAGUCCUGGACACCAUCGAGUCCUUCUGGACCUUCACCAUUCCUGAGCAGAACAUCUCGGUCCCGUUCCUACUUGUGGGAAAAGCUCUGGAACCUUCUGUGUCCCUGGACAGAUCCCACCUCAACUUCCGCUCUCUGCUGAUUGGCCGGGAGGUCCGGGAACCCGUCUACCUCAUGAAUAACGAGAAGAUGGCCCUGAGCUUCUGUUUCCGGGAGCAGUCUUGUUUCUCGGAGGGCUGCAGCCAGAGCCUAUCGGUGACACCGCGGGAAGGAGCCGUCCCUCCGCUGGGCAGGGUUCCCAUCGACAUCCAGUUCCGGCCAUCGCAGGUCGGGGAGGUCAACUUCAACCUAAUCUGUGACAUCAUCACCAAGACGGAGCCUCUAUACCUGAACGUGAAGGCCGACGGCCACGCCACCGAAGUCUGCAUCACGUGCCAGGACACCACCAGGACAGUCACCACCCUGUCCACCCAGCAGCCCAAUCACAUUGACCUGGGACAGGUGAGGACAAGCUUCAAGCCAAUGGGAGUACCUCCGGUUGUUGUGUAUGACCUCAGUGCCGCCCCUCCCCCUCACGGAUUGAUAUUCGUCUUUCAUCAACAAGCCAAGGCCUCCCUGACCUUCUCCCCCACCAGGAGAUGCCUCAUCAAAGACACCCAGCUGUCCAUCCAGAUCGAGAACGGGCCGGAGGUGACGUGUCAGAUAGGAGGCGGCGCGGUGCAGCCGGGGAUACACUUCUCCUUCACCGAACACAACUUCGGCCGUUGCUUCAUCUACCACGAGGGGAUGAGACCCGUCCGAAAAUCUCUCCUCAUCACAAACAAGGAUAACCGAGAUGUCAGCAUUGACUGCCUGUACAGUGACACGGCACACAUGGUGGUUGGGUGUUCCUCGGAUGUGCUCCCCCCCGGAGGCGUGAUGGAGGUUCCCGUCACCUUCUACCCGCGGGCGGCCAUCUUCUACCAGGAGACGGUUGUCUUUCAGAUGAACGGCCACUCCAGGCAGGACCUCCGGCUUCAGGGCCACGGCAUCGAGAUGAAGGUGGAAGUCGCCGAUCCCAAAAAUAAAGUCACAGACUUCGGUGCGGUCACCGUCGGCCACACCGUGAGGAAGAGCGUGGCCAUAGUGAACCAGAGCGCGGCCGCGGUCACAUGUAACCUGAGUCUGACGGCCAGCGUCCCGGCAUUGCAGGACCCCAAGGUCCUCAGCCUGUCGCCCGGCUCCGUGGUCACGAUUCCCGCCCACGGUGGCGUGUGUAAGCUGGAUUUGCAGUUCAGCCCUCGAAGUCGCAUCUCCCGGUUCACAGAGGAAGUGGUGAUGGAGUGUGACGGCGUGCUGCGCUCUCUCCUGGUUGUACGUGGCAGUGGUCAGGGCCUGGAGCUCAGCCUGGACCAGGAACACGUCACAUUCGGAGCCGUGGUGCUUCAGAGCCAAGCCACGCGCCGCAUCGUGCUCAGCAACACCGGAGAGCUGGGAGCCAGGUUUCAGUGGGACAUAAAGAAGUUCCAGCCGGACUUUUCCAUCUCUCCGGUGUCAGGAUACGUCACGGCCGGCAGCGAGGUGACCUUCGACCUGACCUUUCACCCCGGAGAGACCCGCUCUGAUAUUCUCUAUGAGAACCUGUCCUGCCUCACCGAGGGCCACACGACCCUCCACCUGACCCUCUCCGGAUCCUGUGUGGAGCUGCAAUCAAGCGCCUCGGUGGUGAGCUUCCAAUGCCAGGUACGAAGUAAACAGACUCAGUCCAUCUACCUGACCAACAAGACGCAUGACACGUGGAACCUGCGUCCAAUCAUUGACGGGGAACACUGGAGGGGCCCCGAGGUGAUCACAGUGGAGGCCCAUCAGCAGAACAAGCCCUACGAGGUCACCUACCAGCCGCUGGUCAUGAGCCCUGACGGGAGGAAGCACCAGGGUUCCAUCUUCUUCCCGCUGUCUGAUGGGAGGGGCCUAAUGUACACGCUGCAUGGAGUGGCCGAGCCCCCGAAGUCCUCCGGAACCAUCGUCAGGGAGGUCCCGAGUAAGACGUCCUACACCGAACUUCUGACCGUCACCAACUGGCUGCGCAAAGCUCAAAGGUUCCGUGUCCUCAUUGAUAUGGUGAGACCAGAACGCCUGGACCCGGCCACCGCCAUCAGAGGUCUGGAUUACCUGGAGGUGCCGGGAUCUGCCCAGAGAGACUACAAGCUGAACUUUCACUCCCACAAGGAGGGAACCUUCUCUGCCAAGGUGACGUUCCGGAACGAGGCGACGCAGGAAUAUCUCUUCUACAACGUCACCUUCAAGUCCACGCCGCCGGGCGUCAUCAGUACCAUAGAGUUGGUGACCCCAGUGCGCCAAAGCACGGCCGCCGUUGUCACGGUAGAGAAUCCGCUGUCCGCGCCGGUAACCUUCACCACGGACUGCAGAGUGCCGGAGAUUAAUCUCCCCCCGCAGAUCACCGUCCCGGCCCAGUCCGAGGGCUCCCUGAUGUUCGAGUACCAGCCGCUGAAGUCCGGCGAGACCACGGGGAGGCUUACCCUGCAGAGCAGCGACCUCGGCAUGUUCCUGUACGACCUUCUGCUGAGGGCCACCGCCGCCGUGUCCGAGAAGCCGCUCUACUUCCGCGCCGCGCUCGGCUCCGGACAGACAUUGAGCGCCAAGUUCACCAACUACACCCGCCAGAAGACGGAGUACAGCUGCAAGGUUGACAACGCGGAUUUCCACGUGGAGAAGCUGGUGAUGGCGGCUCCGGGCUCGCAGGGAGGAUCGGAGGUCAGCAUGGACGUGACGUACGAGCCCAUCCAGCUCGGGGAGUCGCGGGCCGUCCUCUCCAUCUCCUCCCCGCUCGGCGGCGACUACACCAUCCCGCUAUUCGGCUCGGCAUUGGCCCCCAAGCCGCAGGGCCCCAUCCAGAUCCGCUCCGGCUCCAACAUCUCCAUCCCCUUCAAGAACGUUUUCCUGCAGCCGACAACCUUCAGCUUCCAGACGGAACCUCCGGCGUUCACCGCCAGAGCGUGCGAGGCCGUGCGGCCCAAGAAGACCCACCAGAUCUCCGUGUCAUACGAGGCCCCGCCGGGAGGCAGCAGGGCCCCCGUGGCCGGAAGACUGGUGGUGUCAUGCCCCCGUGCCACCGGCACCAGCCAGGCCAUCUACUGGGUCUAUUACCUGAAGGGCGUGGCAUCAGAAAAGGGAUCCCGUCCAAUCACAGAGCUGUAA